AUGGAAACCUCGACGUACGACCCAUGCCUUCUUAUCUUAAAGCUAGGAGACGACGAAUUUGGACUUGUGGGAAUGCAAACGGACGACACACUUCUUAUCUGUAUAGAAAAGUUCUCCAGAGGUGAACAAGCCGCGUUGCAAGAGGCAAGCUUUAAAGCAAAGCCAAAAACACGACUCUCGGAGACCAAGCCUCUAGAAUUCAAUGGUGCAAGAAUUACCCUGCAGAAUGGCAUUAAGUAUGUCGAACAACGCGCACGGGGAGCCUAUCUGGCUUCGAUCUGCCAACCUGAAGCUGCGUAUGACUUGGCCGUGGCCGCUCAGCUGCAAGAGAAGGAUCGCUCCGAUUCUGAUUAUGAGGCGUUGAAUAAACGUCUCAUAUGGCAGGCCCAGAAUCCAGAGAGAGGGCUCCGUUAUGUGCCUCUCAACCUCGCCAAAGCCAGGAUUAUGGUUUUUACUGAUGGAUCCUUUGCCAAUAACCGGGAUUUGACUUCCCAAAUCGGAUUCCUGAUUACCAUGGUCAACGAAGACUUCUCGCAGCAAGGCCGCUUCGUCGCCACUGGCAACAUCUUGCAUUGGCAAUCAGCAAAGUGUAAACGCGUUAUACGGAGUGUACUAGCCUCUGAGGUCUAUGGCCUUACAGCUGGAUUUGACCAUGCGUUCACUAUUGCCAGUACCACCAAAAUGAUCACUAGUCGUCUGGACCUACCGGCAAUGCCUGUAAUUAUUUGUACGGAUUCAUUUUCGCUUUAUGAAUGCCUCGGUAAGCUUGGGACCACCAAAGAGAAACGCCUCAUGAUCGAUAUCAUGGCACUUCGUCAAUCUUAUGAGAAGCACGAGAUCCACGAGAUCCGUUGGAUCCAUGGAGACGAUAACCCGGCCGACGCUUUUACGAAGUCAAGCCCUAACAAGGCCCUACGGGACCUUGUUGACAGCAAUAAGCUGACAGUUCGUGUUGAAGGCUUCGUUGAGAGAACCGGGAGCGAUUAG